AUGGGUAUCUCGUGGAGUGGCAGAAGAAGAAACAAUUACAUCCAAAACCCACCACCUCCACUCCCACCUCGCCCUUACUAUUACCCUCCCCAAUCCCACCACCCUCCCCCUCCGCCGCCACCGCAGGGCUACUUCCUCCCUUCCACAACCACUUACACCCCGCACUGCAACAACUACGCCGCUCCUUCUCCCUUGCCGCCACCGCCGCAGACCCAUUCCAUCUCCUUCUAUUACGCCAACCAGAGUGUCUAUCCCAACUACGCCAAUUCCGCUCCCAAUAAUAGCCUUCACUACCAACCUUUCUACCACCCUCAGCCUAGCGCGUGGGCUGCCGCCACUCGCUCCUCUGCCUCCACUCCUCCGCCCUAUGUUGAUCACCAGGCGGCGAAGAAGAUAAGAAACUAUGUUAACGUCCACAAAGACACCCUACGCCUCGAGGUUGACCAGGAAAACCCCGAUCAUCAUCUCAUUUCCUUCGUUUUCGACGCUGUCUACGAUGGCAGCGUUACUGUCUUCUACUUUGCCAAAGAAGAAGAAAAAUGUAGGUUUGUUCCAUUAUUUCCUGGUGCGUUUCAGCCAGUCAGAAUACCCUUUCAGAAAGGAGUUGGCCAGACAUUUUCUCAGCCUUCAGGAACAGGAAUUGACCUAGGAUUCUUUGAGUUGGAUGAUCUUUCAAAACCCUCACCAGGAGAAGAUGUCUUUCCUCUUGUAAUAUGUGCCGAAACAAGUUUGAAAUCAUCCUCAACAGAUGAAAUUCCGGGUGAUUCCAUGCUAGAUCCAUCCCCUCACAUGCAAAUAACUCAAGGUGUCUUAGAGAAAAGUAAUGGUGCUGGUACUUUUCUGAUAAAAGUAGUAAGGCAGAUUUUGUGGAUUGAUGGUGUUCGUUAUGAGUUGAGAGAGUUAUAUGGAAUAGGAAGCUCAUCUACAGCUGAUUUUGAUGACAAUGAUCCCGGAAAGGAGUGUGUCAUAUGCAUGACUGAACCAAAGGAUACGGCUGUCUUACCUUGUCGACAUAUGUGUAUGUGCAGUGAGUGUGCAAAAGCUCUGCGACUUCAAUCCAAUAAAUGCCCAAUAUGCCGUCAGUCUAUUGAGGAACUUAUUGAGAUCAAAGUAAACAAUGACAAUCAGUGA